GUGACGACAUAGGUUGUCAAGGGACGCUUUAGUUUACGGAAGUUUUUACAUUUUGCCGACAGCGGUUGUUAUAAUUUAUCUUUACGGGUUUUUGUGAUUGAUGUGGAUGCUUUAAAUGUUUUAUUACUGCAGUUCAAGUCUGUAACAAGACAACGUUUAAAAAAUACCCUCUGCCCCAGACGGGAACCGACUUUUGGCCUUUUUAAGCGACAAACCCGAGCUCUGUGUGAUGCUGUAGCUUUGUACCCGACAUGGCAACGUUUCCUCCUCCAGGAUCAGUCGUAGUCGCAGACUGGCAUCGAUAUAAAGACAGUAAAGAGUAUUUCAGCAAAAUCCUCCACAAGAAGAGACGCAGGAACUUUGGCCUUUUGGAGUCUCCAGUGAUGCCUCCACAUGUAGCUGUGGACACAGUUCAUUAUAAGAUCUUCAUCUCUGGUAAGAGCGGAGUUGGGAAAACUGCUCUUGCUGCACGUCUUGCAGGCAUGAAUAUUCCCAGCAUGCACCAUGAAACCACAGGCAUUGAGACAACAGUGGUGUAUUGGCCAGUGAAGCUAAAAGAAAGCAGCAGAGUGCUUUUCUUCCGUUUUCAGCUGUGGGACUGUGGAGAGAACGCCUUACGCAGAUUUGACCAUUUGCUUCCAUCCUGUAAGGAGCAAGUGGAUGCGGUCCUCUUACUAUUCUCCUUCACAGACAGGACAUCAUUCGAUGAUCUGCCAAAUCAGCUCGCCAAAUGGUCCGAGCCAUCUGUCAGGCGUGUUGUGAAAAUGGUGGUUGGCACCAAAUUCGACCUUUUCAUGCACUGUGAUGUGGCAGAGAGAGAUAUAAGGGACUUCCAGGAGACAUGGGGUAUCCCGGUGCAGCGUACAGGCGGGGAGGUCACAGACGGGCUGGGCGACGUAGCCUCACUCCUCAACUGCCUUGCAGAAAACCUAUGGCAUCAGGACUGCAUUACAGCUGGCUCAGCCAGCCACCAUUCUCAGCAGGAGACAGUGACUCUGCUUUAACCAGCCUGGACUGAACCAGAGAUGAGGGUGCUCACCUCUGAAUGGGGCUCAUGUUGAGAUGAUGAUACUACAUUACCCUAUACUACUUGGCUCCAAAUUAUGUAUUCUAAAAAAGUAAUACAAAAAAAUAAAAAAUCUGAAAAGAAAAA